AUGCGCUACCUGUUUUCUAUUUGUGCCGCUAACCAGGUGCCAACCUAUCGACGAGAAGGUGUGGAAAAACCGCUGUCUUGGACAGAAAGCGGGCAUUCAGUCCUAAAACUGAACAUCCGCCACCUGUGGCUUAUGGGAAUGUGGCCGUUGGGUCACUCUUCAGUGUUCAAACUGUACACCGCCUUCACAUUCACACUGGGCUUGUGGAGCGUUGUGGAGUCUCUGCUAGCAGUUUACUGCACUUUGGGGAAGCUUGAGGAAACCACUCUGCAGUUGAUGAUCACUUCGACUUUGAUCUGUGGCUUCAUGAAGAUGGUUCUCUUUGUGAGCGACCCAAAUAGUUACAACUUGAUGGUACGGGAUAUGGCUGGUCUCAUAACGGUACAGGACGAAGAUAGCUCCAAGGAUCCUACUUUGGCGGCAAUCCUGCACGACUCUCGCAGACGUGCGUCCCGCAUUACUAUGGGAAUGCUGCUGUUUAUGCUCUCACAGUGCUUCGUCUGGUAUCCCAUUCCCCUUGUUGUGCAUGCAGAAGAUCGGCGGCUUCCGCUUUCGCAACACGCGUGGGACAACAACAGUAACUACUACCCACUGUCGUACACUGUCCAGUGCGUAUGUGGCCUGUAUGUGAGCCAGAUCAGCUUCGCUCUGGACUGCCUGUUCGCGUCCAUCUUGAUCCUCGUGGUUGCUCAGCUGAAGAUCCUCGGAGAACGUAUUUUGAAGUUGAAGCAGGAAGUGAAUCUAGUAGAGGCAAACGAAAAUCCUCUUCGGUGGGAUCAGAUGCCGACAGACAAACAUUAUGACGGAAUGUACAGAAGAUUGUGCGUUUGCAUCGACAGCCACCAAAAGAUUCUCAGGUUCGUCAAGCGUGUACAAGACGCCAUGAGCCCCAUAGCUAUGACGCAGUUUGCUAGCAGUGUUGUCAUCGCAUGUAUGGGGCUAUUUCAAGCGACAUACGGAGAGGACAUGAGUGUCGCACUGAAGUGCGCUUCUUACCUUCCCAUUCCAGGAGGGCAGGUGUACCUCUAUUGUUGGGCAGCUCACAGCGUAACUGAAGAAGCAGCGUCGGUGUCCACGGCGGCGUACAGCUGCUCCUGGGUGGAGGGCAGUGCGAGAUUCAGGCACGCUCUGAGAAUCCUCAUCGUCCGAGCACAGAAACCGCUGGUUCUCACCGCUGGACACCUCUACCCCAUCAACAGGGGUGCCUUUCUCUCGUUGGUGAACGCGUCUUACUCCUACUACGCUCUGUUGGGCCAAAUGAACAAGCGCUAG